CUUUCCGCUCACACUUAUAUUGAAAUGGAUACUCCACGUACAGCAACUUUAGAUAGAAAGACAAACGAAACUGAUAUUAAGAUUACCAUUAAUCUUGAUGACAAGUUCGACCAAAAAAUUCACAUUGACACCGGUAUUGGUUUCCUUGAUCAUAUGUAUCACGCUCUUGCCAAACAUGGUGGCUGGUCUUUGAAUUUGACCUGUAAGGGAGAUCUCCACAUUGAUGAUCACCAUACCGCUGAAGACACCGGUAUUGCCCUUGGUAUGGCAUUUAAGAAGGCUCUUGGUACUCCCAGAGGUAUCAAGCGUUUUGGCUCCGCAUUCUGCCCAUUGGAUGAGGCACUUUCCAGAUCUGUUGUUGAUAUCUCGGGUCGUCCAUUUGCUGAUAUCAACCUUGACUUGAAGCGCGAGAUGGUUGGACAAUUAUCUUGUGAGAUGAUUCCUCACGUCUUGGAAUCUUUUGCUGGUGCUGCUGGUAUUACCCUCCAUGUUGAUGUUUUGAAGGGUAGAAAUGAUCACCACAAGGCUGAAUCCGCCUUCAAGUCUUUGGCUGUCGCUAUUCGUGAAGCUGUCACAAGAACUGGUACCAAUGAUGUCCCUUCAACUAAGGGCGUCUUAUAAAAAUUAGACAAGCUAUUUAAAUUGUAAAAUUAAACAUUAUUCCAUAUAUCCCUGGUAAAAAAAAAAGAAAUGAUGUGUAAUUGUGGUUUAAAUUUUUUGCAUAACCAAUGUUCUGAAGACUUUUGAAUUACACCUUUUUACGAAAACGGCCACAAGCCGAAAAUGUCAUUAUUUCCCGUGACUGAUUAAGAGUUUAUUGGCAUCUUUUUAUUUAACCUGUGAUUAGAUUUUAAUGAUAUACAAUCAUGCUCGGUAAACAGGGACAGGUUUUAAAUAGAUUAUCAUCUGUUCAAUAGAAAUUAC